AUGGCUGAAGGGGAUAUUUUCCAGUCAACCGAAUUGGAGGAGACGUUCGAUAAGGCAGCUCGUCAUUUACAAAAUCUCGUUUCAAAACUAGAUUCCGGUCAACUUCUUGGAUUUUAUGGACUUUAUAAGCAAGCGACUUGUGGUCCAUGUGACACAUCUAAACCAAGUUGGUAUCAAAUGCAAGCGAAACAUAAAUGGGAGGCAUGGCAAGCUUUAGGAGAAAUGAGUCGGGAAGUGGCGAUGGCAAGUUAUAUUCGUGCUGUUGGUAAAGUUGAUCCUGAUUGGGAGGAGGAAUUUAAUGAUAAUUCACAAACUUGGGUAGCAAUUAGUAGAUUACCAAAUACCGAUGAGGAAUUGCGUGACAUUGAUAAAACAUUUUUCGAUUGGGUUAAAGAUGGUAAUGAAGUGAAAGUUGGUGAAAUUUUAUCGCAAAAUUCCAAAUGCAUUUUACAAGAUGAUGAAAAUGGUAUGUUUCCUCUGCAUUGGGCUGCUGAUAGAGGACACGUUCCAAUUAUUAAGUGUCUUGUUGAAGCGGGUGCUGAUAUUAAUGCAAAAGAUCGAGAGGGACAAACACCAUUGCAUUAUGUUGCAUCGUGCGGUCAUGUUGAGGCUUGCAAAUAUUUGUUGGCAAAAGGGGCUGAGAAUUUAAAAGACAACGAUGGCUUGACGCCUAAAGAAAUUGCUGAUGAAAAUACUUUACCUAUGUUUUAAUACAAGUACACAAAUUGUCUACGUAUUUGGGUGUAAUAAAAGUAUUGUAAAAAACA